AGCCUUGGCCACGAGUUCCUCAUUCCGCUCUUUAUGUAAUAGUCUUCGAAGCAUCUGCGAACCAGCUUCCACGACCUUCGGGAGUCUCCGCAUGACCAGUCUGCCCUAGUGAGACGCGGCGGUUUCCUGCGGCCUUCGUCGGAGUAGACGGAGUAGACGCGCCCUAAGCAACGUCUUUGUCAGUAUAUAAGAUACAUCUGGAGCAAGGGUCCACACACUCCACAAACCUGGGGAAGUGGCAUACGUGGGCGAAGCGCAAUCAACGUUUCGCAUCCAUUAUCUUUCUAUUCAAACUGGGCGCAACCCACAAACAUUUGAAAAAGUCAUAUCAAGAGUUAUAACAUCACAACGUGAACGCUCGUCACUACACGAUGGGCUCCCUUGUCCAACUGCCUCACGGCUCCUCCCCAGACCUCGCGCUCGUUCAUCCAACCCUGGAAGAGAAGCUCAUCCAAUUCAACCUCAAUGGUGCGGAAUGGCGCGGUGCCCUUUCUCAAGAAGCGUACCUUCGCCGAGAGGACGUUCUCUCACAGCAGGACCAGACGAAAGAUGGAGGCAUCUCUUACUGGAUACUGAUCGAUAAGACCGCAAAUCGCAAUCCUUUAGACCCUACGUCAUCGGCACGCCUACCGCUCGCAAGCUGCGAAACAUAUCGCAAGAAGGCGCUGGUCUGGCAGGAUGGGGAAUUGAAAGAAACGAUAUGUCAUGGGAUCGGAAGUGUCUUCUGCGCGCCACAUCUGCGAGGCAGGAAGUACGCUCAGCGGAUGAUGCAGGAGCUGGGCGAGGCCCUAAGGACCUACCAGACAGACGAGAAAACAGACUGCAUGUUCUCGGUGCUCUUCUCUGACAUUGGAAAGAAAUUCUACUCCGACUUUGGCUGGGAAGCUUUCAGAUCGUCUCAUGUCUCUCUGCCUGGCGAAACGUCGAAGGUCAAAGAUCCGGGUAGUCUCCCAGCUGCGCGGCCGCUAUAUGCAGAAGACCUGGCAGAGCUGUGCAAGAUUGAUGAAGAGCUCAUCCGCAAAAGCCUGCAAGAACGACCGAAAGGCAGCCACGCCGCUGUAGCACUUGUUCCCAAUAUCGCAAAUAUCAGAUGGCACCAUGCACGUGAAGAAUUCGUCGGCGGCGAGCUGCAUGGAAAUGCACCAAGGGUGAAGGGCGCCAUCGUAGGUACCGAGAAAGGCAAGCGGGUGUGGUGUUACUGGACGCGCAUGUGGUACAACCCAGAUGCUACACAGGCGAAGGACAACACGCUGCACAUAUUGCGAUUUGUGGUAGAAGACCAGGGUCGUUCAAGCUGGGAAGGCAGCGGUACAAAGCACGUCGAGGAAGCAUCAAACGACCAUUCCCACGACGCGGCGAUCGCAGCGCUUUUCUACGCGGCACAACAGCAGGCGGAGGAAUGGAAGAUGGAGCACGUUGAAGCCUGGAACCCGUCGUCUGCGACUUUGGCCGCAGCGCGCAGGCUGGAUCCCAACGCGAAGUUGAUUGACCGAGACAUGGAGAGCAUAGCAAGCUUGAAGUGGUAUCCGCAGCAUGACGGGCCUGUGGCAGAGUCUAUCGACUGGAUCGGGAACGAAAAAUAUGGGUGGUGUUGAGCUGGGAAGAUAUAUACGCGUCCCAAGUUAACGCAGAAUUUUUCAAGUCCAAUGCUACAAUCGCGAAAAAAAAUUCCCAAUGCGUAUUACUAUCGGGCACAGCGCAGUGGAACGUGGAUACCAUUGCAAGUGCGGCUUUGUCCAGCGCCCAUUGUUCCCACAUCCCACGGUCGCUCACAAAUUCUUCUUCAAAAGUCCGGCAGCGCCGAAACAUUCAAUGAAAAAUGAAAACCCGUCAGAUUGCACUCAACGUCCUGCCUUCCAGACCGGCCGAAGCCCGACAUCCAGUUGGCUGAAGAUCAUCGCCACGCACGCCGAAGCACACGUAAUAAGGCCUCACUCCGGGACAUCGAGGCUGAUACUCAUCAGCCGGGGUUGCGAAUCUGUGGCUACAAUGAAGUAACUCA